GCACAGAUAUAUAUAUCACCUAAAAGGAGCCAAGAUGCUUUUCCACCAUCAUCUGUGUCAACUUGCCCAGGAGGCGGACGAAGAGAGGAGCACACUUGACAGCAUACUAUGGCUUCUGUUUGGGUACCAGCGACCUUCACUGCGGUGGUCCUUUUGCUUUCUGGGGGAUGCUAUGCCAGUUCUUCAGGUUCCUGGUGCUACGACAGCCUAAUCUGUGGACCUGACACGUGGUCAUCCCAAGGUCAUUGCAAUGGCAAGAGGCAAUCUCCCAUCGAUAUUGUCACCAGCAGUGUCAGGCAUAACCCCAAACUGGGUGCAGUGACUCUCACCGGCUACAACGACACCAAAAAACUGCUGGAAAUGAAGAACACUGGGAAAACAGUUGACAUAGAACUGGGCGAAGGUCUCCAGCUGAGCGGCCCUGGGCUUCCAGCUACAUACACAGCCAAGGCCUUUCACCUCCACUGGGGAGAUGGAGUCCAUAAACCCGGAUCAGAGCACUACAUAAACGGCGAACGGUACUCUAUGGAGUUACACAUCGUGCACACCAAAAACAACACGAGUCUAUCGGAAGCCUUGAAGGACCCACAGGGCAUUGCUGUGCUAGCAUUCUUUGUCCAGGGCUAUGAGAAGGCACAAGGCAAGACAGCUGAAGCAUGGGAAUCGUUUAAAAAGAAGCUGAAGGAUGUUGAGGAAAAGGGUGAAGAGACAAAAUUCGAUGGCAGCUUCUCUCUCCAGGACUUGCUGGGCCGCCCGGAGCUUGACCGCUAUUACCGCUACCCGGGGUCCCUCACCACCCCCGGGUGUGACGAGGUUGUGCUGUGGACCAUCUUUGCCGACCCCAUUCUGGUGUCGGAAGACGUGGUGCAUGCUUUUCCGAAUGAGCUUCAUUCAACAGACUCCUCCACUGGGCCCCAUAUUGAGAACAACUACCGCCCUCUGCAGAACAUUGGGGACCGGAAAGUGGAAUCGUCUGCCGCUUUGAAGCACAAAUCUGCUGCCUCGAUAGCCUCUCCGUCAGUAGGGCUCCUCCUCUUCAUUUCUGUGGCUACUCUUGCAUCCUUCUUACCUGCAUAAAGGCUGGAGGUGGGUGGGUGGAUGUAGGAACCACAUGGAGGAAGAGUCGACAUGAUCUCCAGAGAGGCCAAAGCUAGGCCACAACUCUUUCUGUCCCCCUCAGAAACUCCAAUUCACCUGCAUCUACCUCUCAACCAGCUCAUCCAGUACCAGAAGCACUGGCAAAGGACACUAAAAAGGCAGGAGGUGCACAUUUCAGUGAGGAGAGGAGCACAGAGAAGGAGAUCAAUAGCAGCUAGGAUGCCCAGUGCUGGGGAAGGAGUGCGGUUCAGUCAACUACAGCUAGAGCUGAAACUUUCCAUUCAAAAGAGCUCGUUGUUGACAUUUCCCAAUCUUAUAUUGUGGCUUUGUUUCUCGGUGAUAUUUGAGUUUCCAGAUCAACGUUUGGGUUUAAGUGGAAUAGAACUAUCAUCAACGUUUGAGCAAUGACGCACAUUUUGAUACACUGCAUACCAAAACUUCAGAUGUCAACAAAAGCAAUGGGGGGGUGGCGGGGAAUCACUUGAAAUAUAUAGAUUUCCUUGUGGAGUUUGAGGUUCAGGUCUAUCUGGGCUAAAACUUCCAAUGAUUAAAAAAUCAACAUUAAUUUCAGCUCUCGUUUUAGCAGGAAUUGGCAGAAGCUCUGCUUGUUCCCACAAACGUGACUUUGGAUGGCACAUUCACACGCGUCUCCAGCACUGCAGAGAAUACCCAUAGUCCCUAGUGGCAACCUCUCAAAGGCAACACAUC